AGUUUUCCUAUGGUUUUCCCUUGGCUUUCAUGAUUUUAGCUAUGGAACAAUAUUGAACUGAAACCGAGAAUUCGAAAGUGCGCGUGCGUGUGGGAAAUUCACUGGCGCGACUAACAUAAUUAUGUAUUUUUGAAACCAAUCGAUACAGCGUGAAUACAGCUAACGUAAUUUAAUAGUACUAGUAAAUAAAGAUACACUGUUUUGGAAAAUGGCAAACGUUUUGGAAGCCUUAAUUUAUGCAUCAGAACGAGCCGCCUGUAUUGCGAGAUAUUGCGCGGCUUGCUUAAGUGACGAGAACCUCGUUGUUACUGAAAAAUCUGGAGACGAAGCCAACAGCCGUUUUGAGCACGACUUCAAGACCAUUGCUGAUGUUUUAGCUCAGGAAGCUGCUAAAGUAGAGAUAGGUCACCACUGCCAAAACCUAGCUAGUAGUGUUUGGGGUGAAGAGUGUGGAGAAAUCAACGGUCACCCUAUCAAACUCGGAAAUAACGUAGAUGAAACAGCCCUUCUAUUAAGUAAAAUUGUACCAAAGGAGCAAGCACUUAAACUUGCGGAGGGUUGCCAUUGUGAAUUGAAUCCUAAACUAUUUGGUGAAUUACCAUAUGAUCUUCCUGUUAUAGAUGAUGCUACAUUGGGAGUUUGGAUAGAUCCAAUAGAUGCUACUGCAGAAUUCAUAGCCGGGGUGAAGAACAAACACAAAGUAGACAGUGAAUCAGGGCUAUCAUGUGUCACAGUUCUAAUAGGAGCAUUUGUGAAAGCCACUGGGGAACCUGUAAUGGGAGUUGUCAACCAACCAUUCUAUGAAAAUGGAAAUGGACGCAUCUUAUGGGGCGCAUGCUACAGUGACUACGGCAGGAUGGGAGGAUGUGAAACACCCAGUUCCCAUAAUGACAACACUGUGCUUGUUAGUGGUGCCGAGUCACCUGAGCUGGUAGAGAGAUUCAGAUCCAGUGGCUGGGAGGUUAAACCAGCCAAGGGAUGCGGUCAUAAACUUCUUAAAGUUGCAUUAGGUGAAGCUGCUGCAUAUGUCGUAACAAAGGGAACAACAUUCUAUUGGGAUACCUGUGCCCCACAUGCCAUUAUUAAGGCUAGAGGUGGCGAUCUACUCUCCUGUGCCACAUUGACACCUGUUACGUAUAAGACUAACACAAAUAAUGAGAAAGCCCACUGCAACGCUGAAGUUCAAAAAGAUGUCCUGUCAAGUGACAGUGAAGCAGGGCACACUGCAAGGAAAAUUGUGCAAGUAUAGAGGAAAGGAAUAUUACAGCUUUGAAGGCAUACCUUAUGCUAAGCCACCCGUCGGGGAUUUGAGGUUUCGAGAACCCCAGGAGCCAGAAAGCUGGAAAGGUAUACGUGAUGCAUUAAAACCAGGAAAUAGUUGCAUACAGUUAAAGCCAGGAACAAGAGAGCAUUUCGGAUCUGAAGAUUGCCUGUACUUAAAUGUUUACACCCCAUG